AGCCUGGUGAUCCAUCCACAGGGGCCCACCAAGAUGGUUUGUACAUAGGGCCCAGAAUUUCGUUCUACGGCCCUGCUUAGGGGGCUGGAAAAUCCUGUCUCACAGAGUCCAGUAAAGUAAAACCUUGAAAACGCCUUGGUCAAGAUCAUUUUAAACACACAGCUUUUUUCCCCUCCAACUGACCCGACGUCUAGGCUAUUAUCAACUUUACGGUAGACGGGGGGUCUGACGUAAAGGUGCACCUCCAGCUUGAAGGGACAGCAGCAAGCGAGUACUCACCUCAGCACCAAGGACAGGCCGAGCAGACAGACUCCUCCGGUCCGGCUGAUCCGGAGGUUUCUGCUGGCGCCCGCAGCGGCGUCGCGAGCUUGCAAGAGUCGUAUUUGAAAACAUCAGACCAGCUUGGACUAUGUCCCGCUGAAAGAACCCUGAUUUAUAUCAAAUAAAUAAAUAAUAAUAAUAAAAAAAAAUUGUGAUCAAAUUUCAACAUGUCAAGCACCCAAAGAGAAAACGGAGCCUCUACAAACUCAGCAGAGGUCAAGAAAUCAGACCAGAGACUGUAUGAGAAGAAAUGCUCAUGGGCUUCCUAUAUGACAAACUCUCCAACAGUGAUUGUAAUGAUUGGCCUGCCUGCAAGAGGAAAAACAUACAUGUCAAAAAAGCUCACACGUUACCUCAACUGGAUAGGAGUCCCAACCAAAGUCUUCAACUUGGGUGUGUACCGCAGAGAGGCUGUCAGAUCCUAUAAGUCCUAUGAUUUCUUUCGCCAUGACAAUGAGGAAGCCAUGAAAAUAAGAAAACAGUGUGCUCUGGUAGCUCUGGAGGAUGUGAAGGCGUAUCUGACAGAGGAGGGGGGUCAGAUUGCAGUUUUUGAUGCAACAAACACAACAAGGGAACGCCGCGACCUAAUUCAAGCUUUUGUGAAGGAGAAUGCAUUCAAGGUGUUCUUUGUGGAGUCAGUGUGUGACGACCCAGAUGUCAUCGCCGCUAAUAUUCUGGAAGUCAAAGUGUCCAGUCCAGACUACCCUGAGAGACACAGAGAGAGAGUAAUGGAUGACUUCCUUAAACGCAUCGAGUGCUAUAAAGUCACUUACCAACCUUUAGAUCCUGAUGAUUAUGACAAGGACCUUUCUUUUAUCAAGGUGAUGAACGUAGGCAGGCGUUUUCUGGUGAACCGGGUGCAGGACUACAUCCAGAGCAAGAUCGUGUACUACCUCAUGAACAUCCACGUGCACUCACACUCCAUCUACCUGUGUCGACACGGAGAGAGCAACCACAAUAUGGAGGGAAGGAUCGGUGGAGACUCUGAACUUUCUACCCGAGGGAAGCAGUUUGCCCACGCUCUGCGUAAUUUCAUUGAUGAGCACAAGCUGUCAGACUUGAAGGUGUGGACGAGCCAACUGCGAAGGACCAUCCAGACAGCAGAGGAGCUCGGCGUGCCUUAUGAGCAGUGGAAGAUCCUGAAUGAGAUUGAUGCUGGUGUGUGUGAAGAGAUGACUUACGAGAUGAUCCAGGAGACAUUCCCAGAGGAGUUUGCUUUGAGGGACCAGGAUAAGUACCACUAUCGCUACCCAGGAGGAGAGUCUUACCAAGAUCUUGUUCAGCGUUUGGAGCCUGUUAUUAUGGAGUUAGAGAGACAAGGCAACGUGUUGGUUAUCUGCCACCAGGCUGUCAUGCGCUGUCUUCUGGCUUACUUCCUGGACAAGAGUGCAGAAGAUCUCCCAUACAUGAAAUGCCCGCUCCACACAGUGCUCAAGCUCACUCCUGUUGCAUAUGGAUGUAAAGUGGAUAUGUUUUAUCUCAACGUGGAGGCAGUAAACACACAUCGAGACCGGCCACUUGAUAAAAUUCCAAGGGACUCCACACUCAUACAUCGCCGGAAUAGUUACACUCCCUUGUCCAGUCAUGACCAGGUCAAGCGUCCCAGGCUCUACAGCGCAGGCAACCAGCCCUGGCUACCACUCGCCCCCACCCCAUCAGCUCUGAUGCCAGAGGGACUGCAAAGCCAAACUCGGAUAGGAAGCGGUUGUCUGAAUCCCUGUGUGAAGGAAUCGACUUUGAUGGCACCGAAGAAUCUAUUGGCUGUGUCCGCUUCUGAGUGAGGGUUGGAUCCUGUUCCUUCUGUCAUUGCAGCACAGUGUGCGGAGGUUCUGUAGUUAUUCAUGAGUCCAAAACAUGCAAAAAUACUUGUUUCUUUUCAUUUUAUUACUGCAUUUUUGAAGAUGUUGACAUGGCGGGAUUAAGUUCACAGAACCAUUUCUUCUUAGAAUAAAGACGCUUGAGCACAAAGUAAAUUUCUAGCUCUCUAUCUUCAUGCUGCAUGCAGAGGCUUUGAACUGGAAGCCUUAUCAUUAAUACCAUGACUAUUUCUGCAUGUGCACUAAAAGAAAUUAUUCAACCAGAAAAUUACUGAAGUGGUGGCACAUUGUCUCUGUAAAUACAGCAAUGUCUUAUUUAUAUUGACAGAUUUAGCUUGUCUUUAUGAAUGUAAUAAGUACAGGACAUGUUAUGCAUUAUAAACAUAAUAAAUGAGUUUUCACAACAGCAUAUGGAACAUUAUAGAGUAGAUGGUAUAGAAGUAUUUUUAUAAUAAAGAACUACAUUAAUGAUAUAUAACCAUUGUGUAGCUGAGAUUCUUGUCAACAGGAUUCCUGCACCAUCAUCUGCUGCAUCAUUAUUAAUAUGAAUAUAGUCUGGUUAUGUAGAAAUAAAAGUAGUUUAAUCUUCUUUUGGGGGCAUUCUGUUGUUUGAACUGUUAAGAAAAUAACUACAUGCAAUAUACCAGCAGUAAGGAAAGAAAUUUGCUAACUGUAUGUGCUAAGUCUGUAUUAGGUGCUGCAACAAACACUGGUUAUCAGAUGCUAAGUCAUUUGCAAAGAAAUACAAGUUACUAAGCAAAAAGGCUUACAUGUUGGCUUUUUAUGUUCAUGUUAUUGUACUACCCUUGAAUCUAUUUUCAUUCUAAGACAAGUAUUUUGUCUCCUCUGACAAAAAAAAAAUUAUUUUGAGAGACGAAGAUAAAAUUUUUGGUUAAUGACUGAGAUGAUUGAAUUAUUGCCCUGCUCAAAUCUGCCUUUUGUGCCUUUUUUAGCAGACAAUAAAAGUACAUUUUG